GAUCCAUUCGAAUUGCUUGGUACGACAGCGAACAGCGAAGAAAGUGUGCUAACUGGAGUCAGCGAUGAUGCACUUUCUACGCUAAAGUCUUUCUUGGAAUGCUUCGGCUCCUACGACGUUGCUGAUGUACUAAACGAUCUGUCCGCGCAAACUUAUGGAAUGUUACUCGCAAGUUCCACCAACAGUCUCUUUUUGCCACUGGCAAUUGCGAAUGAUGAUGAUCGACUGCUCGAAGACGUUUUAAAACCAAAAUCAAAAAGCAGCUUGCGAAGGCCUCAAAAAAUUGUUCAGCGUUGCGAACUGCGUGGUGUGCUUCCAGCAUCCAACAAAUUCUUGUCAGUGGUAGACGAAGACAUUCAAAAACGAACGCUGAAGACCACUUCCACUUCUGCUUUUGUGCACGAAGCAGCUUCGGCCAUGGUGACGUCCUGUCGGAGGAAAGAUUUGUUGGUGAACAGAGAAGAGGGCAGUGCGCCUCUUUCGAUUCCUGAAAAAACACCGAUGCAGCCCGAACAAAAGCUUAAAAUUGCUUCUGUGGAGCAAUUAAAGCAGCUUGCUGAUCGUAAGGAUUAUGAUGGCUUAAGACAGCUUCUGAGCGAACAUCGUUGGCCACCUUACCGUCACUUGAAAACGUUUAUUUCACAGAUUUUCAACGUAUUUAUUGUGGAUGCAGAAUCUGUAGAAGGAGCCAUAUGGCUUAUGGAUAAUUUUGCCUCAGUAAACAGCCGCGUGGUAUUGCCCAAUACGAUCAUUUUGCUGCUGUUAACGAGAAUUGUUCGAGACAAAGGAGUGAAGGCGGCUACCGACUAUGCGCACCAUUAUCGCAAUUUAUUUCUUGUCCGACCUCGUACGAUUUUCAUUUUCAUGCUUCUCUUUGUCAGGCGGCACAUCACUGAAUUGUGA